CGCUCACGCAUGAAUGUGCCCCGGAUCUGUCGAAAGAGGUGGGAGCACCUGCUACUGCUGCGAAUAUGCCGAGAAAGCACACGAUAUAUUAGUCUCUGUCGGGCGCACUCGCGAGAUCGGCCGCCGCACCAACAACGGCUUUUUCGACUGCUGCCCAAAGUCCGUGAUUCAUAGAUCGGCCGACGAUCCUCAUGGCGAGACACACGAUUCUCCGAUUUCUGGUGCUGUGCGGCUACCUGCUCGUCAUUGGCCAAUCACGGACAGUUUCACACGCUGAUGUUCACGUCAGCGACAUUGAUGAUCAUGUCAAAAAACCGUUUACUUUGGAAGACAUUUAUCUUCGCCUUUUUUACGGGUAUGGCUUCAACGGCACGUGGAUUUCUGAUACGGAAAUUAUCAUUCCGGACUACGUUACCAGCGAUCUCGUUAUUUACGACGUAGCCACAGGGAAGACCAAACAAAUUUUUGAUGGAUGGAAGUUACCAAAUUCGUACAAAUUCGACACGGCAGUCAUGUCCGCUGACAGACAAUAUAUCCUUUUUACUUACAAUACAUCACAAGUGUUCAGACAUUCAAAAGUUAUGAGUUACGUGAUAUACGAUGUAAAUCGUGGCACAUAUGAAAACAUUGCCAAUGGAGCUGCUAUCUCGUUGGCGAUGUGGUCACCGACUAACAAUGACAUAGUUUACGUUCAAGAUAAUGAUAUUUAUUACAUGACUUUCAAAAAUGGUCAGACUGAAGUACGAAGAUUGACAAAAACUGGCAUUCCGGGAAUUAUUUACAAUGGAAUUCCGGAUUGGGUUUAUGAAGAGGAAGUAUUCGGAUCUGCGACCGCGAUGUGGUAUUCACCGGAUGGACAGCAUUUAGCUUUUGCAACCUUCAACGAUACUGUAGUAAAAAACAUGGUGUAUCUUCAUUAUGGCGUUCCCGGAUCUCUUGACGACCAAUAUCCCACGGAAGUGCAAAUAAAAUAUCCUAAGGUGGGUACACCGAAUCCGACUGUAUCUUUAUCAGUGAUCGAUCUGACUGAUCCGUCGUCAAAAGCGAUCUCCCUGAAAGCGCCCGUUGACGCAGUGGGCAGUGACCAUGUUCUGUUUACUGUGAACUGGUGGCAAGCUUCGCACGUGAUCGCGACGUGGACAAACCGCGUGCAGAACCAAUCUCAGCUGAUCAUGUACGAUACGAAAGGUGGUAGCAACCUGAUUCUGGCGAACGAAGAAACCGAGGGUUGGCUUCAGCCUAAUCGCCCCAUAAAAGUCGGCAAUCACGCGUUGCUUUUACGUCUGGAAGAUUCUGGCAUCAGCGCCGGUAGAUUCCGACAUAUAACCAGGUACGAGUACGAGGGAGGCAAGUUUGUUUCGCCGGUGGAUUUAACGCCCGGUCCCUCUGAGGUGCACAUGAUCCUGGCCGUCGAUUCCCUGAAGAAGAUAGUUUACUAUCUCGCCACGGCGCCGGGUGAACCGAAUCAGAGAAAUUUGUAUUCAGUACCUCUGAACGGGAGCCAGAAGCCGACUUGCAUAUCCUGCGCGCUGCUUACGCCAGAGGGAAAUAAAUGCACCUAUGUAAGCGCAUCCUUUUCGAGGCUGAGGUCGUAUUACACCCUCAUCUGCUUUGGACCUGACCCAAUCACGGUGGGAAUUUACAAUAGCGACCAUCAGUUUGUCUUGGGUUGGAACAACAACACGAUGCUAAGAGAUGCUUUGUUGGAACGGUUGAUGCCGCAAAGAAGAGACAUGAACAUUACUGUGAAUGGCUACAACUCUAGGGUCAGAUUAUUGCUGCCACCAGAUUUCAACGAGAACGAGUCGUAUCCCAUGUUGGUGCAUGUUUACGCUGGUCCGAACACAGUCAGGAUCACUGACGUUCUCAAGGUCGAUUACGAGUAUUAUCUAACAACGAACAAACGUAUUAUCUACGCAUGGAUCGAUGGACGAGGAUCAGCUUACAAGGGCAGCAAGAUGCUCUUCGAGAUAUAUAGGAGUGUAGGAACUGUGGAGGUCGAAGACACAAUCGCCGUUACUGCAGCUCUGCAGAAACAGUACAAAUGGAUCGACGCGAAUAGGACCGGUAUAUGGGGCUGGAGUUACGGUGGUUUCACCACUGGAAUGACGCUCGCCACGGAUACAGCUUCCGUGUUCAAGUGCGGUAUCUCUGUUGCUCCCGUUACCUCCUGGAUUUAUUACGACUCCAUAUACACCGAACGGUACAUGGGGCUGCCGACCCCGGAAGAUAACCUGGCUGGUUACAACCGCACGGAUAUCACGCGACAAGCAGAGGGAAUACGCGGCAAAAAGUUCUUGCUGAUACACGGUACCGGGGACGACAACGUGCACUACCAGCAGGCAAUGGCGCUCGCCAAGGCUCUGGAGUAUCGUGACAUCCUGUUCGAGCAGAUCACGUACACGGACGAGGCGCACUCUCUUCAGAAUGUGCAUCCUCAUUUCUAUCACACAAUGGACAAAUUUUGGAACGAAUGCUUUGGCUUGGAUCGUGCUCGCUGACCCGGACUCGCGCCUGGUUCGUCGAUAGAAAGAAUAGUAUGCGGGCGAUGUCGGUCGCACGAAACACCUUCAUAAUACCGGAAACACACACACCGUGAAACGGAAAUGACCAAGAACUUGUUUAGAAGAUUCCUGAUUACGUUGAUGUUGACGUAGGGAAAUGAACAGUUUCUGUUUCUGUCGAUGUUAAUGACGCCGAAGAACUUGUUAGAUGUAAACGUGACUCUACUCAUGAAGCAACGUAAUCAUAAAAAUAUCGACGGCAGCAAUGGAAAAUAUCGCGAGUGCAUUUGUGAACGGAAGUGUUUUGCGAUAUUUUUUGCCUGAAGUCGAUGGAAUCGUGUAUGUAAAAAUGUACCGUUUCACAAAAAAUAAAGUUUCGUGCCUACAUACAAAUUCGAGUGCAAUUCCGGACUCUUGUAUUAUUUAAUUUUUCGGAAGAACGUUAACAAAUAGUAAGUUCCUUAAAAAGAAGUUGCUAUUAUAGUAUUUUUUCAUUGGUGCCAUCAAUAUAUUUGAAUGGAUUAAAUUUAAUCGUAUAUAGAAUUUUUACAAUAUCGACGUGUGCAUGCAAAGUAACACAUACGUAUACAAUGCAAAUACCUUCUAAUUUAAUACUUUUAAAACAUGUGUAUUUAUUAUACAUAUCGUUCAAUUCAUUUUCACAUUUGUUGAUCUCGACGAGUUCCUACCAAAGAAUUUAUGUAAACGAUAUGCAGAAGUUCCUGUUGCGAUUUAGCGCAAAAUGUAAACUACGGUUAAUUUAGCGAUUGUUAAUUGUUUGUCACUUGUAACCUGUCGUUUUGGAGCGGAGUAAGUUUCGCUCGUGGAACGCGUUUCCAUGAAACUGUAAUACGCGGUUUUGUCAAUAUGUGUCGGAUAAAACUUAGACAACUAGAUGAAAUUGUUGUGGUAUUCGUGUCGGUUACACGUUAGUUCGACAAGCGGCAACGCAAAUGACAUUGCGACUCGAGCUCGUUGAAAUUACCGUGCAUUUAAAUCAAAUAAUUUGAUGAAUGCCACAAGUAUGUAUAUAAGCGACGUCUGCGAUUAAACAAUAAAUCUAUUCAUUUAUAUUCUCUGUA